AAUGGCAAGUUGGAGACCACAGGAGGGCCCAGAGAAGGGGUGGACCGCGGAGGAAAAACCAGUUGCCGCAUCUGAGAUACGACCAUAGGCUUGUUGAGUGCCAAGUGUCCAACAACAUUUUGGGGGUUUGGGGGGAGAGCUCAGUCUGAAGGUGGAUGAGAAAAGACCUGAGAGAGCUGGAGACAUCGAGAGUCUGGGGGCUGUGGCCCGAACCUGGGCACAGGGGGAGAGAAGAGUCCAGAGAACUGGAUGCCCAGCUGGGGCCCCCUGCCCUCAAUGCCAGUGGCACGUGCUGACGGAGGACCUGUUUCUCAUGGAGCUGGGUGCUCGUGCCUGCUGUCUGACUGCUCCAGAGAAGGAGAGCAGGGAAAAGGCAGGCCUGGUAGGGUGAAGUCUAGCCCCAGCCGCUUGGUUACCCAGCUUCCCUUCUCCAGCUGCCUGGCAUCUAAACUUACUCACUUAAACCCACAUGUUUUGUUCCACUCAUUGGUUUUCUUUCUGGACAGGAGGAAAUGUCAUAAACUGUAAUUUGCAGACUGCAGAAAUUCAGAAGCCAAGCUCAGAACUGAGUAAUACAUACCAGGUCGUGUGCUCCUAGGAAGCUCUGGUGGAUGUUAGUCAGUGUCUGGCUGUGGACCCUGCCUGCCUGGGCACAAAUGCCGGUCCGCCACUGAUCAAGCUAUGUAACUUCUCCGGGCCUCGCUUUCCCUACCUAGAAUGACGGGGCUUGUGAGGGUUAAAUGAUUUAAGACUUGCAAAGUGCUUAGAAUGAUGCCGAUACAUAGAGAGUGCUACCUAGGGGGCGCCUGGGUGGCUCAGUUGGUUGAGUGUCAGGUCAACUCAGGUCACGAAUCUCACGGUUUGUGAGCCCCACAUCGGGCUCCAUGCUGCCAGCGUGGAGCCUGCUUCAGAUCCUCUGUCCCCCUGCCCCCUGGCCCGUCCCUGCUCACACUCUCUCAAAAAUAAACAUUAAAAAAAAAUAAGUGCCACGUAGGUGUUAGUACUCAUAAUAAAUACGAUUUUCUGGAGGGCAGUGGAAUGUGGGACUCUGUUUGCAGGGAGGGAGGCAAGAAGUGACAUAGAGAAAUUCUUCUUAGUAAUAAGAAUGGACUUGAGAUCCCUUAAAAUAUUAAAGGGGCACCUUUUGCUCCGUUUCUUUUGUGAUUGUGAGGGUUGGCUGCUCAACUAACAAACAGAGAGUUAAUGUCAUGAACAGAGCCAGGGAGUUUUUGGCAAGGCACGGAACCCCUGCCCAGUGUGGUGCUGGGGAAGAAGGCCUGCCUCCUGGUCUACCCUCAGUGACUGGAUUUAAAAUAUUAAUUAAUUAAUUAGUUUAAAUUUAUUAUUAUUAUUGCUCUUUUUUUCCUGAGAGAGAGCAAGCAUGGGAGAGGGGCAGAGCGUGCGAGAGAAUCUCAAGCAGGCUCCACACUCAAGCUCGGAGCCUGGGGCUGGAUCCCACAACCCUGGGAUUGUGACCUGAGCCAAAAUCAAGACUGAGAGGCCCAACCAACUGAGCCACCCAGGCGCCCCAAAAUACAAAUUUAUUUCUUAAGAUAAACGAAAGAAAGACUGAGAAGGUCUCUUAGUCAAUGAGGCAGGUCUAACAGAGCCACUUUUCUGUCUUUCUUCCUUGUUUUUAAGUUUGUUUAUUUGGGGGAGAGAGAGAGAGAGGAAGAGAGAGAAUCCCAAACAGGCUCCACACUCCGCACAGAGUCCAACACUGGGCGGAGAUCAAGACCUGAGUGGAUAUCAAGAAUAGGACGCCUAACCAAGCCACUUUUCAGGCGCCCCCAGAGCCACUUUUCCAAUUGCCCAUUGAAAGCACAGCUCCCUAAGCCCUGUCACUUCUUGCAGCAGAAGCGUCCACGGGUGGGGGUGGGGUGGGUUCAAUAAGGAAGCACCCUGCACGGGGCCCUCCCUUACCCUCCCUUGCCCGCCCGCACCACACCUUCCCUGACGUCAGGCCCGCUGGUUGGCUGGCUGGCAGUGUGCGAGCUCAGCCAGGUUGGGAGCGUCCCAGGUGGGCGUUCUGGGCCAGUGGAGUCUGGCUGCUCUGAAGAUCACUGCAUAAAUACCGCCCGGCUGAAGCCACUGCCUUUUGGAAUUUGCCCUCUGACCAGCCUUAUCUCUGAGGGGUUGCUGGAAUUUCUCUGUUGCUGGGAGUUUGGGGGGUUUUUGGUUUGUUUGCUUUUUCCUUUGGUGCUUGCAAAGAAAUAAGGAGAAGAGCGGUAGCCAGCCAGCCUGCCUGGAUCACAUGCAGGACAGAAGAGCCUUAUCCCUCAAAGCCCACCAGUCGGAAAGUUACCUGCCAAUUGGCUGUAAGUUGCCCCCUCAAUCCCCAGGCGUGGACACAAGCCCCUGCCCAAACUCACCCGUUUUCAGGACGGGCAGUGAGCCCACCCUGAGCCCGGCGGUGGUUCGGAGGGUCUCCUCGGACGCGAGGGCAGGGGAGGCUCUAAGGGGCUCAGACAGCCAGCUGUGCCCCAAACCACCCCCCAAGCCCUGCAAGGCACCUGUCCUCAAGGCUCCCCCGUCUCCAUCUACCUGGCUCAACUCUGAGGCCAACUACUGUGAACUGAACCCAGGCUUUGCUGCAGGCUGUGACAGGGGAACAAGGCCUCCCCUCUGUGCCCAGGACAGCUACGUGGAGCUGCUAACGGCCAAGCAGAAUGGGGCGCCAGGGCCCCGGAACUCUGGCAUCAACUACUUGACCCUUGAUGAUGAUGUUGGGGCUGGGCCUUGGGAGGCACCGGCCACCCAGAAGGACCAGGGGCAGGAGGACGAGGUAGAGUUUGUGCCGCCCCGACUGGAGACUGCCUCCUCAUUCAGACCCAAUGACUUCGAGUCAAAGCUCCUUCCUCCCGAGAACAAGCCCCUGGAAACAGCAAUGCUGAAGCGAGCAAAAGAACUGUUCACCAACAAUGACCCCAAGGUCAUCGCCCAGCACAUGCUGAGCAUGGACUGCGUGGUCGCUAGGAUACUUGAAGUCUCCGAAGAGAUGAGGAAGAACAUGGGUGUGAGCUCAGGGCUGGAACUCAUUACCUUGCCAUAUGGCCACCAGCUGCGCCUGGACAUAAUUGAAAGACACAACACGAUGGCCAUCGGCAUCGCAGUGGACAUUCUGGGCUGCACGGGCUCUUUGGAGGACCGAGCAGCCACCCUCAAUAGGAUCAUCCAGGUGGCGGUGGAACUGAAAGACUCCAUGGGGGACCUCUAUUCUUUCUCGGCCAUCAUGAAAGCCCUGGAAAUGCCACAGAUCACAAGAUUAGAAAAAACAUGGACUGCCCUCCGGCACCAAUACACCCAGACCGCCAUCCUCUAUGAGAAACAGCUGAAGCCUUUCAGCAAAAUCCUGCAUGAAGGCAGAGAGUCUACGUGUGUUCCCCCCAACAAAAUAUCAGUCCCACUAUUGAUGCCUCUUGUGACCUUAAUGGAGCGCCAGGAGGUCACUUUUGAAGGAACUGACAUGUGGGAAAAAAAUGACGAAAGCUGUGAGAUUAUGCUGAACCACUUGGCAACAGCCCGUCUCAUGGCAGAGGCUGCAGACAGCUACCGGAUGAAUGCCGAGAGGAUCUUGGAAGGUUUUCAACCAGAUGAAGAAAUGAGUGAAAUCUUCAAGACUGAAUUUCAAAUGCGAUUGCUAUGGGGCAGCAAAGGUGCACAAGUCAAUCAGACAGAAAGAUAUGAGAAAUUCAACCAGAUUUUAACUGCCCUCUCACGUAAAUUGGAACCUCCUCCAGUAAAGCAGGCAGAGCUUUGAUAACUCUCGAGAAUACCUUAGGAUAUUAUUUCAAGCUUCUCCAGUUUCUUCUUUGGGAAGGCUUAUUGUUUGAUAAAGUAACAAUGUGCAAAUCUGACAGUAUACAAGCUUUUAGUAUCCACAGGAUAUUAAACAUGUAAAUUGCACAGAGCACACUUAUUUAUGAAUUGUUUAAAAUUACUACUGAUUUUAAAAUGAAGAUAAUUUAUUAUGAAGGUAACUAUUGCUAAUGUUGAUCAGCAAAUUUAAGAGAAGAUCUGGCUAUGUUGGCUGGUUGCUUUCUAUUACUGAGGCGUUUGACCAUUUUAAAUUUCUUGUCAGAUAAGUGUAAAUAGAACAGAGUUUAAAAGCAUGAAACAUUUCAGAAGGUAUCAGUUGUAUGAUAUUCUUUAAAUAUGAGAAAUGUAAAUAGUCAAAUGAAAAUAUAUCUUUUUGUGAAACAA